AAGAGUACACAGGGUUUCUUUGGUAUAAAUUCGACAAAGCUUUACUUGAAGAACAAAGCAAGAAACAGAACAUAUCUUGUGGCUUUUGAGGGAAGGCGUAGAUGGCGAGAAGACAAGUCUUUCGUUUCCAAAUGUUCUUGGUGUUAGCUCUUCUUUACCUAAUGAUCUCAUGGAAGCCUGUCCUAAUCACUGCAAGAACAGAGAAACGAACAGACUUUGAAACCAAAGGACAUGAAUUUAGUCAGAUUAACCACCUGCACCUGGGACGCACUGAAACUGAUCCUAAGAGAAGAACGAGGCCAAGGAGGAUGAUGAACGUUGAGGAGAUUAACGAUUAUCCAGGAUCAGGUGCUAACAACCGCCACACUCCUCACUGUUCUGAAUGCUAAUUCCAAAAUUUCUUGUAAUCUAGCUCCUGUAAAAUUUUAAUAAUCAUUUUAUAUGAUAUGUAUCAAGAUUUAAGAGCAUGGGAAGUUUUAAUACAAUGGAAUCUUAAUCUAAAA